AAGUGCCACAAGAACUUCUGUCUACGACACAGGCAUGAACUAGACCAUAACUGCCAAGGAUAUGAAAAUACUGGGCAGGGGAUUUCAAAUGCAGGAGCUGCUGCAGUGUCCCGGUCAAAAACAUCUGGUCUGUUUGGAAUGUUCCAGUCUAAACCUCAACAAACACCUCUUUCCAGUGUCGGCAGAGAUCUUGAUAGGGAACGUAGGGAAAGACAAGUUCAGCAUCGCACUGCUUUUUCCUCUACUCAGUCUGUGCAGGCUGGAAUGUCUGAAGAUGAAGCCUUUGCCCGAGCUCUUCAACUUUCCAUGGCAGAAAGCCAGUCUCAACAAACACCAACCAGUCAGCCGCAGAAAAAUCUAACAGAACAGGAGAAGGAAGACAUGUUGUUAGCUCAGGCUCUAGCUGCCAGUGAGGAGGAGGCUGUCCGGGAACGCAGACGAAGGGAACAAAGUCAGCGACAGAAAUCAACAUGCCAUCUAUCUUGACAGACAUUCCCACUUGCCUUUUAUGUGUUAUCUUAAGUAUUUCGAAUGUGCAUUUCUGUACAUUGUUGUUCAGUUCUAAUCUUGUCUUUCAAAGAGGACUUUCACAUCCAGGAUAUGUAAUAUUCUGAUAAGUAUGAAGAAAUCAUACUGUUAUUAUAACAAUGUUAUAUAGUAAAUAUAGCACUAUUUUAUUGUGAGAUGCUCUCAGUAUAUACAGUGUAUUGAUAAUAUGUAUUAUUAUUAUUAUAGUGGGGGGAUUUUUUUUUAAUGAUUCUGUUUAAAAAAAAAGUGCAAUAUAGCUGUUACUAAUAAUCCAUUUUGCUAAGAAGUUAAGAACUGAGAGUUAA